AUGGUUAUUCGGACAGAGAAGGAAAAAGAAAUGGAAGUCAGCAGUGUUGUAACAAAUUUCAAAGACCAUCAUAUUCGUAGUGAUUCGUCGAAAGAAUGCCGAUGGGAUGCGGAAUUUGCAUUUUUUGUCCUGAAACAGUGCAUAAUAAGUCGCGUAUUGAUGUUCAUCAUACAGUUUGUAAUGAAUGUUGCGGUAACUGAUUAUCCUACAGACGCUUUUAAAGGAGUUCCAAUUCCGCAAGUGGAAUUAUCCCAAGUUGAUCGGUGGAUUCGCAUUGCUUUCGGUGGUUUAACGAAGUGGGAUGCGGUACAUUUCCUACACAUUGCUCAGUACGGCUACACUUAUGAGAACAAUCUUGCUUUUUUUCCUCUCUUUCCAACAUUAAUUUAUUCUCUCACACUUAUUUGGAGCUGGGCAGUACCAUUCAUUCAUUUUUCUACAGCUGUUAUAUUCACUGCUGUCACUGUCAACUUCGUAGCUUUUGCUCUAUGCGGUCAACUACUGUACGCUUUGCUGCUCACGCUCACUAAGUCGACGAAACUUGCUCUGCUCGCUUGCCUGGUGUUUACUUUGAAUCCGGCUAGCAUUUUCUUUUCUGCUGUUUAUUCCGAGAGUGUGUAUAUGCUUCUCACUUUCUGUGGUAUGUUCGCACUCUAUGUCGAUCCAUCUAUCUCUUUUAUACGAUAUAUUAUCGCUUCCUUAUUCUUUUCAUUCGCAUUUGCAACCAGAUCAAAUGGUAUUUUCAAUUUCGGUUACAUUAUAUUCCAGCUCAUGAUAGAAACCAUCUAUUCGAUGGCAUUGCAUAAAUUCAUUUGGGAGCGCGACUGUGGUACUGUGUUAUUGAAGGUGUGA